CUUGUUGGAAUGCUGCCUGUUCGCUCUAUCGCACUGGCGACGAGGAUGGGAUGUGCCCGCUUCCACUAGCUCAGUGCUGAAGCAGUAUCGUAGACAGUCGGCGGUCGACAGCCACGGAAAGGAAGGCGGCGGCAGCCCUGGCCCGGAACGGUUGAAAUCGUCGGUACCACAGCAACGAGUCAACGCAGUCAUCGGGAGAGCGAACCGAUAAGUAUACCGUCACUGCACUGGAAAUGGCGCGACUGGGGAAGCUAGACGAGUACGACGAGAAGGAGCAGAAUUUUGAAUCCUAUUUAGAACGCUUUGAGCAUUUCGUCACUGCAAACGAUAUCAAAGAGGAAAAGAAGCUGUCCGUAUUUCUGAGCGUGAUAGGACCACGAACGUACGAGGUGCUCAAAUGUUUGGUAGUACCCGCCGUUCCUGGGGACAAAUGCUUCGAAGAGGUGACAGUGCUGUUGACGAAGCACUAUAGCCCAAGCUGUUCUGUGAUCGCCGAGCGCUGCAAAUUUAACAAGCGGGCACAAGAGGAACAAGAAAGCGUCGAGGAUUUCAUAGUGGCCUUAAAGCAUUUAGCAAGGAAGUGCGAUUUCGGUCUGUUCCUGCAAGACGCACUGCGAGACAGAGUAGUGGCAGGCAUAAGACGCGAAGAAACGCAACUCGCCUUGUUUGCUGAAGACAGUUUAACCUUUGAAAAGGCGUGCAAGAUAGCCUUGGACCGGGAGCAGGCUGCGCGACAAACAGCGUUACUGCAUGCAGAAGGCAAGGAAGCGACGCUGCAUGCCAUGGCGAUAAGAGUUCAGGGAACUGAAAGAAAUUGA